GUUCAGUGGGUUUACCGUACACAUUCUAGGAUUCUUCAGUAUCAAUUAACUAUGGAAAAMAACGCCGGCCACGUCAUUCCGCCAUAGCCGCGGUCGUGUUAUCUCGUCGCGUAUUGCAUUUUCAGUACAAAUGAUCCUCUACAGAUAUUAUUAUUACUAUUAUAAUACUCGUCGACAGUUUUAAAGAGGCUUCCGAWAUUCGGGUACACGUUACAACAAAUUGUUAUAUCCGUUAAAUCAGAAACACAUCUUGUUUGUUUCCCAUCCCUUUCCGCAAUCGACCGUUUUUAGCGUCCAAAAUUCUCGUUUUCUGAGAAGAAACCGACCGUCCCGAGUCGGCGUCUACCGGUCCCACCAACUACGAGGGAUAGUCACGAACACACCAUUCACGAUUCGUCACCGUUCUAGAUUUUUGAGACGGUUACCACCGCCGUCAGCAAGUAACCAAAAUGAAUAUAUUUCGACUUUGCGGUGACCUGUCACAUCUGCUGGCCAUCCUACUAUUGCUCGUCAAGAUAUGGAAGACCCGAUCCUGUGCCGGUAUUUCGGGAAAAUCUCAAAUACUUUUUGCCAUUGUUUACACGACAAGAUACCUAGAUUUAUUCACAAGUUUUGUAUCUGUAUAUAACAGUUUUAUGAAAGUAGUGUUCCUAUCAGCAUCAUAUGGAACAUUAUAUUUAAUGUUCUUCAAAUUUAAGCCAACAUAUGACCAUAACCAUGAUAGCUUUAGAAUUUUGUACUUAAUCAUACCAUCGUUGUUGCUUUCAUUCAUCAUUGUUCAUGUUUACACUGUGAUGGAGAUUUUGUGGACAUAUAGUAUUUAUUUGGAAGCAGUAGCAAUUAUGCCACAAUUGUUUAUGGUAUCUAGAACUGGCGAAGCUGAAACUAUUACUUCUCACUAUUUGUUUGCACUGGGUUCUUAUAGAGCACUGUAUAUAUUGAAUUGGAUUUACCGUUAUUAUACAGAAGAUUUUCUUGAUUGGAUUGUUAUAAUUGCUGGAAUUGUGCAAACCAUCUUAUAUUGUGACUUCUUUUAUCUCUAUAUAACCAAAGUUUUAAAAGGUAAACGACUGUCCUUACCUGUCUAAACAUGGAAGGAAAA